AUGCCUUCUAUUCUCAGAAAACUCUCAUUUUCAGUUAAAAAAUAUUUUUCAAAACUUUUACCAAACAAACAAUACGAAAACCUAAUUUACAAAAUGGCAACUCCUACAUCUCCAGGGUUUUCUUAUCUUCAUUUUUUUAAUGAAGAAUUUCAAGCAGAUAUGGCUGAACUGCUUAAAGAAGGACCGACAGUUCGUCGUGUUGUUGAGAUCAUAUUACAGAAUAUUGAUCUCUAUCCUAAUAUGCUUGCAACUUAUAAAGUCAAACCAAAUAGGUUUGAUGAUAUGCAAGUUUUCAAUAUUGAAAUACCGAAUGUAGAUGAUUGGGAGCCUAUAGGAAAUGAAGAGAAAUUAUUAUACAUAAUGUAA